CCCAGUUCUGCUGUGAUUUAUGUGGGCUCACAGCUGCCCUUGCUCCGACCCCAGAGGAGCUGUGUGGGAAGUUGGUGUCUCGGAGCCGCAGCGUGGCUCUGCCGAGUGUCUGGAGCCCGGGCUGUGCACACAAACUGAUAAAUAGGGAAAGGCCUGCUGGGCUGCAGCUGGAGCAGAGCUGGGACCGGCACGGGAGAGGAGCUCCUGCAAGCACCGCUGCUGUUUAAAGGCUGGUCUCACAGCAGAGUGGAUGAAGCAGUGCAGCUGGGAGCAGAGCAUGGCCAACACGUUUGUCACCGUCCCUGACGGGUACGGCCUUCCCGAGCCCAUCCAGUACUACGAUGUUCUACCGGAGCACAUCAACUACCAGCUGCAGGACGUGGAUUUCCAGGCUGCCCCGUACUGCCAGUACCCAGCAGUGCCAGUGCCAGCCCUGCAGCCCCAGCCCAGCCCGGCCCCGUAUGGCUCCUACAGCCUGGAGCCCGCGUACGAUGGGCCCUGCGUCGGCAGCAGCUGCGAGCUCAGCAAGGGCCCCUUCCUGGCUCCCCACGGGGAGGACGGGGGGUACCAGGGGCUCAAGAGGCCCCGGUUAAACCACUCGGUGAGGCUGAAGGGGCAGGAGGAGCUGUGCGUGGUGUGUGGGGACAAGGCCUCGGGGUACCACUACAAUGCACUGACCUGCGAGGGCUGCAAAGGCUUCUUCCGGCGCAGCAUCACCAAGAACGCCGUGUACCGCUGCAAGAGCGGGGGGCACUGCGAGAUGGACAUGUACAUGAGGAGGAAGUGCCAGGAAUGCCGCCUCAAGAAGUGCAGAGCUGUGGGAAUGCUGGCAGAAUGUUUGCUGACUGAAGUCCAGUGCAAGUCAAAGCGACUCAGGAAGAAUUUCAAGCAGAAGAGCAGUUUCCUUUGCAACAUAAAGCUGGAAGAUGAGGGACUGAAUAGUAAGCAAGUAUCAUCUACAACAAGAUCUGGAAAACAGAUCCCAGAGAAGAUGGAACUUACUCCAGGAGAACAUCAGCUUCUUGAUCACAUCGUAGCAGCACACCAAAAAUACACAAUUCCCCUUGAGGAAGCCAGGAAGUUUCUACAGGAAACUGCAAGUCCUGAGGAAAGUUUCCUCCACCUGUCUGAGACAGCCGUUGUCCAUGUCCAGGUGUUGGUGGAUUUCACAAAAAGACUCCCAGGGUUUGAGAGUUUAGCCAGUGAGGACCAGAUUGCUCUGCUGAAAGGGUCCACAGUGGAGGCGAUGUUCUUGAGAUCAGCCCAAAUUUACAACCAAAGAAUGAGCGAGUGCCAGCCAUCAACCAGUGAAAGUCAUGUAAGACUUUCUGAUCACGGGACAUGUUGUCAUGUUCAAAACCUUGAUAAAAACAAUAUUUAUUCCAUGGAAAUGUGUCAUAAUAAAGAGAGACCAACUUCUACUACUACCACAGGCAUAACUGAGGAGUUCAUCACCGCCCUGUUCUACUUCUACAGAACCAUGGGCGAACUCAAAGUGACCGAGACCGAAUACGCUCUGCUCGUAGCAACAACAGUAUUCUUUUCAGACCGCCCGCUGCUGAGGGACAAGCGCCACGUGGAGGAGCUGCAGGAGCCGCUGCUGGGGAUCCUGUACAAGCACUCGAAGCUGCAGCACCCGCGGGACCCGCAGCGCUUCGCCCGGCUGCUGGGGCGCCUCACGGAGCUGCGCUCGCUCCGCCACGCCCACGCGGGGGCGCUGCGCGCGCGGGACCCGCGCCUGGCCGCGCCGCUGCGCGACCUCUGGGACCUCCACUAGGCGGCGCCACGGCCGCCGGCCCGCGCGCCCCUUCCCGCCUCGGGCGCGCGCCGUCGUUUCCCGCCCUUUCCGCCCUCCCUCAGCGGCCGCCCUGAGGGGCCGGUGCCGCUGUCGCUGCCGGUGCGGGGGGUGGUGGCGAUGUCGCUGUCGGUACGAGUGUUGGUGUCGCUAUCAGUGCCGGUGCUGGCAUCGGUUUGGGUGCCACGCUUAGUGCCGCUGUCAGUGCUGGUGUCGAUGUUGGUGCUGGCGUUGCUGCCGGUGUAGGUGGUGGCGGUACAAGAUGCCGCUGUUGGUACAAGUGUUGAUGUCGGUGCGGGUGCCGGUAUCGGUUUGGGUGCCAUGCUCAGUGCCGCUGUCAGUGCUGGUGCUGAUGUUGGUGUUGGUGCCAGUGCCGGUAUCGGUUUGGGUGCCAUGCUCAGCACUGCUGUCAGUGCUGGUGCUGAUGUCGGUGCCAGUGCCGGUAUCGGUUUGGGUGCCAUGCUCAGCUCUGCUGUCAGUGCUCGUGCUGAUGUUUGUGCCAGUGCCGGUAUCGGUUUGAGUGCCAUGCUCAAGUGCCGCUGUCAGCGCUGGUGCUGAUGUUGGUGUUGGUGCUGGUGCCGGUAUCGGUUUGAGUGCCAUGCUCAAGUGCCGCUGUCAGCGCUGGUGCUGAUGUCGGUGCCAGUGCCGGUAUCGGUUUGGGUGCCAUGCUCAGCUCUGCUGUCAGCGCUGGUGCUGAUGUCAGUGCCAGUGCCGGUGCUGGUUGUCGCUGCUGGUGUCAGUGUCGGUGUUGGUGUUGCUGUCAGUGUUGGUGCCGGUGUCAUUUGGUGCUAGUAUCGGUACCGGCGGCGAUGUCGGUGCCGAGUGUCAGUGCCACUGCUUUUCCCCAGGCCCACCGAGAAAAGCCCGUUCAAACGGCUCGUGCAGCCGCGCCUGAGCGCCGCUCAGGGCCUGCGGCCAAAGCUGGUGAGCACUCGGGCCGUGGGGCUGUGCCAGGUCAGAGGUGCCACUGGCCGCCCACAGCCUGGCCACAAUGGGCCGGGGACACCAACAGGGACACGGGGACACUGCUGGGAGCCCCUGGCAGAGUCCUGAGCCAAGUACACACAUCUCAGCCUGUCCCUGGAAGUGUUCAAGGCCAGGUUGGACCAGACUUACAGCAAGCUGGGAUAAUGGAAAGUGCCCCUGCCCAUGGCACUGGAUGAGCUUCAAGGUCCCUUCCAACCCAACCCAUUCCAUGGUUCUAUGUGUGAAAUUUGCUGAAGUAUUUUCUCUGCAGACUGCCAAGAUUGGUGCUGGAAGGAACAUCUUUAAUUUCAAAGACUUCUGUUGUUAUUCUCUAUCAAGACUGAAGGAAAUAAUCUUCUCAAUCAUUUGUGCUGUGCUGUAACUGCACAUCACCGAUGAUAAAUCCAUGUUUGAUGUGGGUGAUCCAGCAGUGAGCAGUGCCCCACUUGGAUGCUUGCACUGGCUUUGAAGUCCUGCUUACACCAGACCAAAUGUGCAGUGAAAACGUUCUGUCACCACACUGAGUUAUGUGAAUUAAACAAAUUAUUGUUUCAUGUUGAGGUUCCUUAUGGAAUAUGUUUAGAUUCAAAUGUGAUAUUCUGACAGGAGAUGAGUUACAUUAUUUAUCCUAUUUUUUUGUGACUUGAAAACCUUGUAAAAUGGCAUUUUCAUACUAAAACAUAGUCAGAUUUGGUGUUUAAAACUACCCAUGGGGGUAAAGAAAAAAUAAAUAUCAACUACUGGACU